AUGGCGUCUCCUCGCCUCUUCUUCCUCCUCCUCUUCCUCCAGGCGCUGGUGGCCCCCGCUCGGCCUCGGGACGAGCGGAUCCUGGGGGGCAGCGAGUGUCCCCCCCGGGCCCACCCCGGCCUCGUCUUGCUCUUCUACUUCGACCAGCACCAGUGCGGGGGGGCCCUGCUCAGCACCGAGUGGGUGCUCACGGCCGCCCACUGCCUGACCAGCCACAUCCAGGUGCGGGCAGGGUCCCACAGCUUGGAGACCCUGACGGGACAGGAGCAGUACGCAGUGGCCACGAAGGUGGUGGUCCACCCUGGCUUCAGCGACCAGGAGGGGGACGGCAGCUACGCCGACGACCUCAUGCUGCUGCGCAUUCAGCCCGCCCUGACCAUCACGUGCUACGUCCAGCCCCUGGCCCUGCCCAGCGCCCCCCCGGCCCCCGGCACCAACUGCACCGUCAUGGGCUGGGGGACCACCACCAGCCCUGAGGUGACCUACCCUGACACCCCCCAGUGCGUGAACGUCACCGUGGUGAGUGACAGCCGGUGCCAGGAGAUCUACGGCAGCAAAGUCACCGAGGACAUGCUGUGCGCCGGUGUGGCCGCGGGGGGCAAGGACUCCUGCCAGGGUGACUCGGGGGGACCCCUCAUAUGCAACGGGGUGCUGCAAGGCAUCGUCUCCUGGGGCGACCACCCCUGCGGGCAGGCGGGGAGGCCAGGGGUCUACAGCCGGGUCUACAACUACCUCGACUGGAUCAGGGAGACCAUGGCGGAGGACUGA